AGGAAAUAUAUGGUAUUAUUAGGUUCAGUCUUUAUUAUCGUCGGGUCGGUUUUGAUGGGAUCAUGCUUUGAGAGAGUGCAGAUGAUGAUCGGAAGAGUAUUGACAGGUAUAGGUAUAAACUAUGCCUCAUUCCCAAAAGUUGCACCCGUUUAUCAAAGUGAGGUAUGUUUCGCUUCACAACGAGGCUGGCAUGUUUGUUGCCAAAUGACGAUGAUGCUAUUCGGCCUCAUGGUAGCGUACUGGAUAAAUUAUGGCCUGUUCUUUUGCUCUAGUGUUCUUCAGUGGCGAUUUCCGCUGCUCUUCCAGUUGAUUUUCGCUGUUUACAUUCUCAUUGUCACUACUUUCUUGCCGGACACCCCUCGAUGGCUCAUGUGGAACGAGCCCCAUUCAAAUCGUGGCAUUGCAGUGCUCGCCAAGUUACGUAACCGGCCAAUCGAUCACCCACUCGUUCUACAGGAGCGAGAAGAAAUUUCCACAGCAAUCCAGCUUGAAUCUGAUGAAGGCAGAUCCUGGAUCGAUCUCUUUCAGGAUAGAGGAGUCAGGGCCAACAAGCGAUUCCAUCUUGCUAUCGGUAUCCAGUUUAUGCAGCAGAUGACAGAAAUUAACAUCAUCACUUAUUAUGGCCCCAUUCUUUUCAAAGAAAAUCUACGCAUGGACAAGAAGAAUGCCCUUCUUAUCGGCAGCUUUCUCCACAUGUGGUAUAUCAUUGCCUCUUUCUUGACGUGGCGUAUCAUUGAUACUGUUGGCCGGCGCCGACUCCUUGUCAUGAUGGCUAUUGGCAUGUCCGCGGUGCUUGUUUUGGAGGCCAUUUGUGUGGCAAUAAACAACCGAGCCUCUAGCAUUGCGGCCGUGUUCUUUGUUUUUGCAUUUUCUAUUCUAAUCUACAGCCUCCGAACAAGAUGGAUGGCGUGUGUCUGGGUCUAUCCAGCCGAGAUUUUGCCAGUGACAUCCCGAGCUAAAGGAGCUGCCCUAGCUGCAGGGGCUGAUUUCUUGGGUAACUUUUUGGUUGCGGAGAUUACUCCUCCUGCGUUGCAAAACAUCGGUUACAAAACAUUUAUUAUAUUCGUCAUCUUCAACGUGAUCAGUGCCACAAUCGUCUGGCUUUUCUAUCCCGAGAUGAUGGGCUUAUCUCUAGAGGAAAUUAACUUCAUGUUCCUCCGUGAUGAUAGCACUGAUCAACCACAUGACAAAUUCUACCAGCGAUUACAAUGGCAUAUGGUGUCCAAAGCGUGGACUAUAAUCGCGGAGGUUAAGGCUGGAGGUAGGUAUCCGAUAGAUAUGUCAACACAACAACACAGAUCAGUUCAAAGGGGAAGUGGGCGAAUCAGCUGUGAGCAUGUAUGA